AUGGCAUUCAAGCUCUUCUUUUUCAUUCUUCUAGCUCCUCUCCUCGUACGUGCUUUAGAACCUGUUUUCAACGACGACGUUCUGGGCCUGAUCGUGUUCAAGGCCGGGCUUCGAGACCCAAAAGCCAAGCUCACUUCAUGGAGUGAAGAUGACAACAAUCCUUGCAGCUGGGUUGGUGUUAAAUGCGACCCAAGAACCAACCGAGUCUCUGAGCUUGUUCUUGACGGCUUUUCUCUAUCAGGGCAUGUAGGCCGAGGCCUUUUGAGGUUGCAAUUCCUUCAAAUACUCUCACUUGCCAAUAACAACUUCACUGGGACCAUAAACCCUGAUCUCCCUCACCUUGGAAGCUUACAAGUCAUUGAUUUGAGCCAGAACAGCCUCUCUGGGCCGAUCCCGGAUGAGUUUUUUAUGCAAUGUGGGUCGCUAAGAGUGGUUUCAUUUGCUAGAAACAAUCUCACAGGGCAGAUUCCUCACUCUUUGAGCUUAUGCCAGACAUUGGUGGCGGUGAACUUUUCCUCUAAUCAGCUCUCUGGGAAAUUGCCAUCUGGGAUUUGGUAUUUGAGGGGCCUUCAAGCACUUGACUUGUCAGAUAACUUGCUGGAGGGAGAAGUUCCUGAAGGUAUGGAAAAUUUGUAUGAUUUGAGAGUAAUUAACUUCCGAAAAAACUGGUUUUCGGGGAAGCUUCCCUGGGAUAUUGGAAGUUGUUUACUUUUGAAGUUGCUUGAUUUUAGUGAAAAUUUCUUUUCUGGGAGCAUUCCGGAGUCAAUUCAGAGACUUAGUUCAUGCAGUUCUCUGAGUUUACAGGGGAAUUAUUUUGCUGGUCAAAUUCCAAAUUGGCUUGGUGAUUUGAGGAGCCUUGAGAUAUUAGAUAUCUCUGGCAAUAAUUUUUCUGGGGGAAUUCCAAGCUCAUUUGGAAAUCUGGAGCUACUCGAAAAGUUAAAUUUAUCUAGGAAUGAAUUUACUGGAAGCUUGCCAGAGUCAUUGACUAAUUGCAUCAAACUUUUAGCUAUAGAUGUUAGCCAUAAUCUGUUGGCAGGUAAACUUCCUUCAUGGAUUUUUAAGCUUGGUAUACAAAGUGUUUCUCUUUCUGGCAACCGAUUAAGUGGAAGUGCGGAAUAUAGUUCAUUGACAUCAAUGGAAGCCUCUAAUGGGGGUCUUCAGGUCUUGGAUUUGUCUUCCAAUGAAUUUUCUGAUGUGCUUCCAUCCGACAUUGGGGUUCUUAGUAGCUUGCAGUUCUUGAAUAUGUCUGGGAACCAUCUCCUGGGUUCUAUUCCAGCAAGUAUAGGUAAAUUAAAGACAGCAUCUGUUGUUGACUUGAGUGACAAUCGACUAAAUGGAAGCAUUCCUUCUGAAAUUGGAGGGGUAGUCUCACUCAAGGAACUAAGGCUGCAGAAGAACUUUCUAACUGGGAAAAUUCCAUCUCAGAUUGUGAAGUGUUCAUCUCUAACAUCUCUGAUGCUGUCCCAGAACAACCUAACUGGACCUAUUCCUGCAUCCGUUGCAAACCUUACCAAUCUUCAAUAUGUAGACUUGUCUUUCAACAAAUUCUCUGGAAGCUUACCAAAAGAGCUGACAAAUCUUUCCCACCUCCUCUACUUCAAUGUCUCCCAUAACCACCUUCAGGGUGACCUACCCUUAGGGGGCUUCUUCAACACUAUCUCACCCUCAUCUGUCUCAGGCAAUCCAUCCAUAUGCGGAUCUGUUGUUAACCGUUCCUGCACUUCCGUCCACCCCAAACCCAUUGUCCUCAACCCAAAUUCUUCCAACCCCAUCGGCAGUUCUUCCUCACCAACUCAUGGUCACAAGAUCAUAUUCAGCAUAUCAGCUCUCGUUGCUAUAGGCGCAGCUGCAUUCAUUGCCAUUGGUGUCAUAGCUGUUACCGUCCUCAAUAUCCAUGCGCGGUCUUCAGUAUCACGUUCUGCUGCUCCUCUUGAGUUAUCUGGUGGGGAAGAUUAUAGUUGUUCCCCUACUACUGAUCCAAACUACGGCAAGCUUGUCAUGUUUUCUGGUGAUGCUGACUUUGGUGCCGGGACCCAAGCCUUGCUCAACAAGGACUGUGAACUUGGUCGUGGUGGGUUUGGAGUAGUGUACAGAACAGUCCUUAGAGAUGGGCGUUCAGUUGCAAUAAAAAAGCUAACGGUCUCAAGUUUGAUCAAGUCCCAAGAAGAUUUUGAGAGAGAAGUUAAAGGAAUUGGAAAGAUCAGGCACCAUAAUCUUGUGGCACUUGAAGGAUAUUACUGGACUCCGUCGUUGCAGCUCCUCAUAUACGAGUAUAUAACUUGCGGGAGUCUGUAUAAGAAUCUGCAUGAUGGACUUGGAAAAAGCUGCCUCACUUGGCGACAGAGGUUCAACAUAAUUCUAGGGAUGGCAAAGGGUUUGGCUCAUUUGCACAAAAUAAACAUAAUUCACUACAAUUUGAAAUCAACUAACGUUUUGAUAGACAGCUCUGGUGCUCCAAAGGUAGGAGACUUUGGCCUGGCAAGGCUGUUGCCAACGUUAGACCGGUGCAUCUUAAGCAGCAAAAUCCAAAGUGCACUUGGCUACAUGGCGCCUGAGUUUGCAUGUCAAACGGUUAAGAUUACUGAGAAAUGUGAUGUGUAUGGGUUCGGAAUCUUGGUUUUGGAGGUGGUGACAGGGAAGCGGCCUGUGGAAUAUAUGGAGGAUGAUGUGGUGGUACUUUGUGACAUGGUGAGGGGAGCACUGGAGGAAGGCAGGGUAGAGGAAUGCCUUGACCAAAAGCUCCUGGGUAAUUUUCCAGCAGAUGAGGCAAUUCCAGUGGUCAAGCUGGGUUUGAUAUGUGCAUCUCAAGUGCCAUCGAAUCGCCCGGACAUGAAUGAAGUAAUCAACAUUUUAGAACUCAUCCAAUGCCCUUCAGAAGUCCAGGAGGAAUUAGAGUAA